CUAGAAACACAAGUUACCUAAAUUGGUGGAAGAAAAAAUAUUCUCAACAGACCAAUAACAAGUAAAGAGAAUGAAUCCAUAAUCAAAAACUUCCCAACACCCUUUUCACGAAGAUGGUGCUGAAAGCGAAGAGGGAAGCCCCUGCCCCUCCCAAAACCAAAGCCAAAGCAAAGGCUUUGAAGGCCAAGGAGGCAGUACUGAAAAGCGUCCAUGGUCACAAGAAAAAGAAGAUCCGCACUUCACCCACAUUCCAGAGGCCCAAGAUGCUGUGUCUCAGAAGACAGCCCAAAUAUCCUCGGAAGAACGCCCCCAGGAGAAACAAGCUCGACCACUAUGACUUCAUCAAGUUCCCCCUGACCACUGAGUCAGCCAUAAAGAAGACUGACGACAACAACACACUUGUGUUCAUUGUGGAUGUCAAGGCCAACAAGCACCAGAUCAAACAGGCUGUGAAGAAGCUCUAUGACAUUGAUGUGGCAAAGGUCAACACCCUAAUCAGGCCUGAUGGAGAGAAGAAGGCAUAUGUUUGA